CAGGCAGCGGCCGGAAGCUGCCUAUUUGAGCCGAGGCACUGCUUCCGCCAUGAAACCAAGAGAAUUUUCCUUCUCCUUGACGCUGUCCAAGAGUCGACCACCCCACUGAACUUCAAUUGGUUCUCCUCCCCACUGUGACCAACCAUAGCCGGAAAAAAUGUCAGCCUCAGCCUUAGUCACCGGUGUGACGCCGGAUCUUGACCUCGACAUUGAACUCAAAGCCUUCGACGAAACGAAGGCCGGCGUAAAAGGCCUUCUUGAUUCCAACAUUUCGACGAUUCCCCGGAUCUUCAUUGACCCACUGGAUGAUUACCCGCUCCUCUCAAGCUCCCGCCAAGCUAAGGACGGCGCGGUAGUGCCUGUGAUCGACUUCUCCGAUGUGGGUUCACGCCGGAGGAAAGAGAUGGUAGCACAGGUGAGGGACGCCUCGGAGAAGUGGGGGGUGUUUCAGGUGGUGAACCACGGGAUACCAGUGACCACACUGAAGGAGAUGAUCUCGGGUGCCCUCAAAUUCCACGAAUCUCCAACAGAAGAGAAGCAGCAGUUUUACUCUAGGGACUUGAAUAAGAAGGUGGGGUUCGCAAGCACCUUUGAUCUGUACAGCAGGAAGAGGGCCAAUUGGAGGGAUACCUUUCGCUGUCACAUGGCUCCUGAGCCUCCAUCACCCCAUGAGUUCCCCUCUUUUCUCAGGGAAAUAGUGCCAGAAUAUUCAAAGUGUGUUGCUGAACUGGGAGAAACAAUAGCAAAGAUAUUGGCAGAGGCUCUUGGCCUACCCCUCAACUAUUUCAUUAAUAUGGAAUGGUUGAAGACACAGUCAAUAGGAAUGCACUACUACCCUGCAUGCCCACAGCCUGAAUUAACACAGGGAGCAACCAAGCAUACUGACCCAUACUUCCUCACCAUCCUUCUCCAAGACCACAUUGGUGGGCUUCAAGUUCUUCAUGGAGGCAACUGGGUUGAAGUUACCCCCAUUCAUGGUGCUCUGAUAGUGAACAUUGGUGAUUUCCUCCAGCUGAUGACAAACGGCAGAUUCCUAAGCGUGCAGCACAGGGUAUUGGCAAGCCACGCAGGGCCAAGGGUGUCGGUGCCUUGCUUCUUCAUGGCUGGGACAGAACCCGUGAGAAAGUAUGGCCCUAUUAAGGAGCUUUUAUCGGAGGGCGACACACCUAGAUACAAGGAAGUGACGAUUGCUGAAUAUUACAUGUACCAUAGAAACAAGGGACUCAAUGGAACCUCCAAUCUGGAUGAUUUCAAGGUUGAAGGUCUUAUUGAGUUGUCUCGGCGUGAUCACCUGGGUAUUAAACAGCUACCAGAAACAUGAAUCAAAUCCUUCCUCGGCUCGGCCUUGCCCCUUGAGGCUUAAACUAGUGUCUUUUUAGUGAAACUUCAAUAGCCCUACAGGUUGCUUGCUGCUUGGCGUCCUGAUGCAUUUCUUCGUUCGUAUUUUGUAAGAUUUGUUUCUGCUUCAAAGUAAUUGGUGAAUAUGAAACAAAAAUAUAUGCAUGUA